GGUUACUUAAAAUUACUUAAAAUUGCAAUUCUAUCAGACACCAACGGUUGUAACCGUUUGGGUUUGGUUUCACGCUUAACUGCAACGCCUCUGAAUGUUAAUCUGGCGGCUUUUCCUUAAUUUCAACCAAGAACUUCCAGACAUGGCUUCCCAACCUACAUUUCUCCACCUCCUCCUCCCAAUCUUGACGGCGUCUAUUUUCAUAUCUACACUCUCAACUCCAGUACCCAGAAUGCCCAAUUUUGCUUUCGCUUGGUUGAAUGACAAAGACACUUUUGUGGCAGGGGAAAUGGCAAUUAUAAAGGUUAUAGUGGUAGGGAGCUUUGAGAUGGAGAAAUACCAAUACCCUUUUAAUCCCAACAUCACUGUGAAUGAUAAGAUGGGAAACAGCUCUUACAUUUCUGGGAUUUCUUUGCAAUUUGGUAGUGAUGUUAAGUCCUGGGCACUUUCUUUCAUACCCAUCCUGACUGGAUGGUUCAACGUCCUCAUUACGGAUGAUAACUUUAACGUUUUCGAUUCGUCCCUGCAUUUCCGUACCAUCCCAGGGCGUUUUCAUCCGGCUUCUGGGGUUGUUUCAUGGCCAGGCGGAGGGAGAAAAUUUGUGGCCGGAACAAAGGCUGUGAUUUGGAUACUUCCUAAAGAUGCAUUUGGAAAUAAUGUCUCUUUAAAGGAUGACGAUAAAUUGAAUUCUUAUAAUUUCAACUUGUCCGCAAACAGUGAAAAUGGUUCCAUUGCAAGUUUGCUCAAUGUCACCAGUAAAGGAUGGAACAAGUUUGGCUUUCUGGGCAUGGAGUUUGUCAUCGCUACCGCUGGAAGUCUACUACUUCAUGUACAAGGAGAAAACCAGACACUGAGGGGCUCCCCACUGUCAUUAGAUGUGUCUCCUGGGGUACUGGAUGUCUCCAGCUGUGUAGCUCGGUGGAGCAUUGAAACAAAAUAUUUCCAAUUAUUUUCUCUCAUGGAGGGUUUCAUUCACCAGUACGAUAAAUAUGGAAAUCAUGUUCCAGGACUGUAUGAGUUUGAUGUGGAAAUCGUGGAAAAUGGGACAAAUUUGAUAAUGCCUGUCACAGAUCUGCAGUUCACAGAGGUUGACAUUGGAAUUCAGUUGUUUUCUUUCACCCUAGCGGAACCAGGGGAGUUUAUGCUUGUGAUAACUGAUAAGGAGCAGAAGAAUCACAUAUCCAACAUGCCAUAUCAAUUUACAGUAUUUAUAGGUUAUUGUGAUGGAAUGAGCAGCAUUGUUAAUGGGACUGGUCUCAAUCAUUCUGUUGCUGGUGAAGUUGCAAGGUUCUCUGUUUCAUUAAGAGACGCUUAUGAAUAUCCAUCGCUAAUUGAGUUACAAAUACUUCAUGUGCAAAUUUUCCAUGAAGCAGCUUCCCAGCCUUUACAACCAAGCAUACAUCCAAAGCAGAUGGUUAAUGGUAAUUUUUAUGCUGGAAAAACCAAUCUUACUGAAGUCGUUGAAACAGAGAGUGCUUUUACUCCUACAGCUGAUAACAAUAUAAAUUCUUCUGGAAACUUGAGGUUCAGUGUCUUCGAUGUCAAUUAUACACCUCAAAAGAGUGGACCAUACCAAAUUCGAGUCUUUUGUGGAAAUAUUCCCUUGAAUGGCGGUCACCCAAUUAGAAAAGAAGUGAGUCCAGGCAGGGUUAAUGCAUCUCUUUCUGUGGUUGUGAAAUACUCUAGUAAGGUAUCAAAGCUGAUGAAGAACGAUAUAGUCGUACAGCUCAUGGAUUCAUGUACUAACCCGAUCCUAUCCCAACAGUCUAAGAUAAAUCUAGAGAUUGCUUCAAUUAAUAGAUCAGGUUUUUCAACGUCUAGCUUUGUUGACAACAAUGACGGUUCAUAUACUGGUAGCUAUGUGGCCAUGGAUAUUGGGUCCUAUGACAUAUGUGCCUCAUUUGAUGGCUACCGUUUCUUGCCCUGCCCCUUUGCUGUGACAGUGUACCCCAGUGAGUACUUUCCAGUGGUACACAAUGACUUAGUAAGUUUGUGGGAGGAUGAAUCCAUUGCUUUUAAUGCCCUGGAAAAUGACUACUUUGCGGGUGACAAUGCAACAGCUUCUUACUUUUCAAAGCCUGACCAUGGUUCACUUCUACAAUAUGAGCAUCUGUUUAGAUAUACUCCACACAGAGGGUUUACUGGGAACGAUUCGUUCUCAUACACAAUAUCUGAUAUAAAUGGGAACUUUGCAUCUGGAAGUGUGAACAUAUCAGUCCUCAGCAUUCCUCCUCAGUUUGUUUCUUACCCUAGUCAGCUCCAAGCAACUGAAGAUGUAGUUAGUCCUAGAUAUGGUGGAUUUGCUGGCCUUGAGAUUAUGUAUUCGGAUUCAGAUGAAAAUAUCAGCAUUACUCUCGGUGCGAAAUUUGGGACAAUCCUCCUUUCUCCUAUGCUUAUGAAGUUUUGGCGACCUGCCCAGAUAGUAUCAUCCAUGAAAGAUGAGGGGAAGACUAAAGAACUAACUUUGUCAGGCACUUUGGAAGAAAUCAAUUUUGCAAUUCAAUCAAUUCAGUAUUUCGGGAAUGGAAACUUCUCUGGCAGUGAUGUGAUCACAGUUUCUACUAGAAACAGAAACGGGAAGAAUGAUUUAGAUAUCCCGAUAUAUGUGGAGCCUAUCAAUGAUCCUCCAUUCAUAAACGUCCCUCCAUAUGUUUUCUUGGAUCAAAGUGUUGAUGAAGAACUAGUUUUCGACUCUCAAAAAGACAAGUUUGAUGUUUUCAUUGGGGACCCAGAUGCACUAAACUUUCCUGGGAACAAGUCCCAGUUUCAGGUGAUUUGUAGCAUGGAAGUCAGCUCCGGAAUACUGUCUUUAAACCUUCCAGCUGAGCUUAUUAGCAAUACAGAACUGAAGCUGAAGAUUAGUUAUCAGUGGCAACCUGUCCAGACAUUUGUGACCAUCUCGAAACACUUUACCAUUAAAGCGAAAGGCAUUAGAUUUCGCGCAACACUUGAUGACUGCAACACUAUCAUGGAGCAAUUAGUUUACCAUGGAAAAGAUGGCGCAGUUUUGACUUUGACAGUAAAUGAUAUGGGGAACUAUGGGUGCUAUCCAGACUGUGCUGGUAUGAUGUCGAUGCCUUUAUAUGUAGAGGCCACAGUAAAUCUGGUAAGAAGAAGACCACUGAAUGCAUUUCUGUCUAAAGCUAUAGGUACAUCAAUUAUUAUUGAAUUCAUUUUUGUGGUUUCUCUUGGAGUGGUGCUUAUGUUCUUCAUCUGCAAGUGUGCAAUGGCACUCAUUAGUGAAAGAAGAAAAAAUGAACCAGAUGAUGAAGUUGCAGGGGUUCACAGGUCCCAUAAAUGCAAGAGCAACAAUGAGUUAACAGAUAAUGCAACUAAGUCCAGCAUGUGCUGUUCUAGUUCCUUUUUGCAGCGAGCCCUUCCUUCCAACUUCCGCCAAAGGUAGACAGCUCAUUUUUAGC